UCAAUUCUACGUAGUCUUUGCCUCAUUUGUGUUGUGUUAUUCUGACUGACAAUCACACAACCUGAGGAAAGAAAAAGGUUUUCCAGACAAGCAUUUCAACUUUAAAAUUUAGCUAAAGAGAAGAUUCCCGACCUAAUUAUGGAAUCUUUCUUGGCUCAUCAUCUUCUUCCCCCCUCCACCAACGCCGUUGCUUUCUUCUAUUAAGUGAUGCAAAUCCCACUCCCACUCAGGGCCCUUCUAGUCUUUCAUCCUUCCAGAUCGAGGGCAUUCUCCUCAAUAACAAUGGCCGUCUCCUCCUCCUCAUCCAAGCCCUGCCUGCGAGGGGUUGUCUUCGACAUGGACGGCACACUGACGGUGCCCGUCAUUGACUUCCAGGCAAUGUACAGAGCAGUUCUCGGCGAGCGCGAGUAUGCCAGGAUUAAAUCGGAUAAUCCAUCGGGGAUUGACAUUUUGCACCACAUUGAGUCGUGGAGCCCCGACGAACAGGCGCGAGCCUACCAGAUUAUCGCCGAUUUCGAGAAGCAGGGCUCCGAUCGCCUCCAGAUUAUGCCUGGUGCUUCUAAACUCUAUGAGUUUCUUGAGUCAAGGAAGAUUAGAAGAGGAUUGAUCACUAGAAACGUGAAGGAAGCUGUUGACUUGUUUCAUCAGCGCUCGGGGAUGAUAUUUUUUCCCGCAUUAAGCCGAGAGUUUCGACCUUAUAAACCUGACCCAGCCCCCUUGCUACAUAUCUGUUCGAGCUGGGGAGUGGAGCCAGGGGAGGUCGUGAUGAUUGGGGAUAGUCUCAAGGAUGAUGUAGCGUGCGGGAAAAGAGCAGGAGCAUUUGCGUGCUUGCUAGACGAGACAGGAAGGUACGAUUCUCCAGAAUACCAGAAUGUAGAAUUGAAACCCGAUUACAAAGUGACUUCUCUUGCUCAAGUUCAAUCUCUCUUGGAAAGUAAUUUCAACCUCACGCCCGAUGCUGGAAUGCCCGGUUGAAGUUGCAGACUUUGGUCAGCUCUACUCCCCCGCCGUAUUACUAUCUCUUGUACUUAUAUUUCUGUGCUCAUUUAAAACUCACACACCACCGGAGAUUUCCAGAAUACUUGGGAGGUUGUCUGAUCCAAAUGGAAAAUGCAGCAGUUCAUUUGAUCGGGUAAUACUUCACAUUCUGCUUUUGCUCGAUCCAGUAAGCUCUGCCCUAUGAUCAGUGUUUUUUACUAGCGACAAACAGGUCUUUGAUUUACUACUCCGGAACCUAUUUAGUUCAGUGGCUUAGAUUUAUUUGGUGUGAGAGUAAUCGAGGAAGAAGAAUCAAUAUAUGCUAUGCUCCUCCUAAUGAUAUUUCAACAUCGUAUGCGCCUCUCAUUGCUUUAUGUGUGUAUAUAUAUAUAUAUAUAUAUCUGUUGUAUUGC